CCAAUCUUAUAUAUUGUUUCAAACUUAGGUUCAAAGUGUUAUUCGAAUGUCGACAGAAACUAUUAUGACCAAAAGAUACUUAUGCGUAUAAACAAUACUUUCUCUGCUGGUUUGCCUAUUGUUCAUUCGAAUGCAGAAUUUUCAACCUUAGUGAACUCAAACACUUUGGCAAGUAUAACGUUGACAUUAGUUGAUGCAAACUUUGUUCCUGUAAAACUUUUAUGUCCUAUGUAUUUGUCAAUGACGGCAGAAAGUUUCGAAUUGGAAGAUGCAACUGGUGAAAGUAUUGUAUUACAAGAACAACUUCAACAACAAAUAGCUCAAGAACAACAAAUGCAACAAAUGCAACAACAAAGUCAAGAAUAA